CUUAGCGUUUAACUAUGACAAAAUUUCAACUCGUAGGCUAUAUAUAUAUAAGUUGAGCGCAAGACAAGUGCACUAUACCACCACCACAAUUCAUCAAACCACAUAGUUAUCAAUCGAGAUAUGGCUUUUCUUGCUGUAAAAUCUCUUAUGAGAACGUUAGAGCUUCAGUUCCUACAACCCCAACCACGUGUUACUCUUUCAAACAAAGAGCAGAUCAAGUAUCUUCAUGAAAAACUUGACCAUUUGCUAGUUUAUCUUGAGGAAUCUGAGAAGAAAGCCACCAAUCCGGAGGAGAUGAAAGAAGUCACCAAAAAAAUUAAAAGAGUGAGUGUCAAGGCAGAAGAUGACAUUGAAGCAGAGCUGUUGAAGGCUCAUCAUUAUCACAAACUGGAGAAAAGCUUGCAACGAGUAGUGCAUGACGUUGAAGAGCUGAUGCAUAUUACAAGGAACACCAACCACUUUGUCAACAAUAAUCCCACGGUUGGAGGUUCCUACCAACAUACCUCAGAUGUGGAGGUUGCAAUGGUAGGACACUCAGAUGAACUGGACGAGGUAAAGUCUGAGCUCCUUCGCCACUCACUCAAACAACGCCAAGUAAUGGCAAUGGUGGGUAUGGGUGGUAUCGGCAAGACAACUUUUGCUAAGAGAAUUUAUGACGAUCCUAUUGUCACAUCUCAUUUUGAGUUACGUGCUUGGACAACCAUGUCCCAAGUGCAUAACAAAGCACAAGCCCUCUAUGAGCUUUGCCGUUGCAUCAUGCCAAAGAGCAGUACCUUCAACAACAAAAUGGAGGGUGAUCUGGAAGUCCAACUGCGCCAAAGUUUAUUGGGCCAGAGGUACCUUAUUGUUGUGGAUGACAUAUGGACUACUGAAGCAUGGGAUGAUAUCCAAAGAUGCUUUCCAGAUGAUAAAAAUGGGAGCCGAAUUUUGUUGACCACUCGACAUACAGAGAUAGCUCAGUAUGCCAACAACUCUGGUGAGUAUUGUUAUAACAUGCGUUUCUUAAAUCCAGAGGAAGGUUGGGAUUUAUUUGAGCAGAAGUUUUUGGCUAAAGAAUUUCUGAACAAUGAAUUUGAAGUAAUAGGGAGGAACAUUGUUCAGAAAUGUGAGGGUUUACCACUUACAAUUGUGGUGUUAGCAGGGCUUCUCUCUACCCUCAAGUCAGUAGAUGAAUGGGAAAACAUUGAAAGAACAAUAAAUUCAUUUCUGACUUUAAAUCUUCCUGAACAAUUUUCAAGAAUACUCAAUUUGAGUUACAACUGUUUGCCUAGCGAUUUGAAGGGUUGCUUUUUGUAUUUGGGACUUUUUCAUGAAGAUUGUGAGAUUCCAAUUAAAAAGCUUAUUAGGUUAUGGAUUGCAGAGGGAUUUGUAGGGGGCAUGAGUCAUAGCAAGAGGCUAGAAGAAAUAGGUAAAGAUUAUUUGCAAGAUCUUAUUGAUAGAAGUCUAAUUAUGGUUCAUAGGAGAAGCUUUGAUGGAAAAAUCAAGACUUGUAAGAUGCAUGAUCUGUUACAUGAGUUGUGCACAAGCAAGGCUAAAGUUGAGAACCUUUUGUACCUUGAAACUAUGGGUAGUAGUGAUCGUUUUGGUCGCUUUAUUCGAUUGGGUGAUAGCCGUUGGUUAAGCCUUAAAGUAGCAAAUCCAGCUUUUCAUUUGGUCAUUGCUUCCAGGAAAUGUCGUACCAUUUUAUGUUUUAAUAUGGCUUCUAACUGUGAUCGUGAAUGGUAUUUGCGAGCCAACUCUUUUAAGAAGUUAAGAGUGUUAGACUUGAGCAAGAUUAACUUUGCAUUAGGUAUGCCUCCAGAUAUUACAGAUCUUGUUUUCCUAAGAUACCUAGCAUUAGCCUCAAGUGAGCUUCUAAACCAUAUACCUUUGUGGAAGAAUUGGAACCUACAGACACUAAUUAUCAGUGAAGAUGACAAUGGUUCCCGCAAGUUGCCUCAUGGAAUCUGGGACUUGCCACAUCUAAGGCAUCUGGAAACCUAUCACCAGGUUUCUAUAGAUCUUCCAAAAGUUGUUCAAGAGAAUAUGCAGACACUUUAUUGGCUGCCUACCUCAGAGUGCACAAUGGAAGUGUUUCUGAGAAUCCCCAAUGUUAAAGAGUUGGGAAUAAUUGCAAAAUGCGAAGCUGCCUCACAGGGUUUAGAUAACUUAUGUUAUUUAGAGAAUCUUGAGAAGCUAAAAGUUAUGGGCUCUUACACUCGUCCUUUACACCUCCCUCCACAGGCCAAUAAUUUCCCACAAAACCUUCAGAAGUUGACAUUUGUGAGAACUCGUAUACCAUGGGAAGCCAUGAGUAUUAUUAGUAAGCUGCCCCAUCUGGAGGUGCUUAAACUCAAAAACUUUGCGUGUGUGGGAGAAGAGUGGGAACUAAUUGGAGAAGGUGACUUCCCAAAGUUAAAAGUUUUGCUCAUUUCUCUUACAAAUUUGAAGGAAUGGAAGGCAAAUGUUGACUCUCCUUUCCCAAAACUCCAACGCUUACUCUUAAGAAAUUGCUUUGAGUUGAAAGAGAUGCCAGAGUGGAUUGAAGGUAUCUGCAACACACUCCAGUUAAUUAAGUUGGAGUAUUGCUACGCUUCCCUUGUGGCUUCUGCUAAGAGGAUUAAAGAAGAGCAACUUGACAACUACGGAUAUGAUAUAGAAGUUGAAGACUCCAAUACUCGACCAGACGAGGACCAUGCUAUAGAAGAAGAGGAUUCUAAUGAAGUUGAAUGUGUCCACCAUGGUUUAACUAGCCUUUGGUUUGAAGCAAGGAGGCUAAGGAUCGAAUGGGGUGAUGAUACUAGGUAUUGGAUUUGGACAAGGGACUCUGAAUUUGGAUGUGAGGUUGCUAAGCUUGAGAAAGUUAGCUGGUUCGAAAUCAGAUUAACCUUUGACGUUGGGUGCUUAUCUAAGAUGACAUGUUAUUCUGCCUACGUUGUUUUCAAGCUUGAAAGCGGGCGCUUUCUAGAUGUCAACACAGGACUGGCAGGUGUGAGAUAUGAGAAGGACAAGGCCAUAUACGGUUGGAUGCGUGGAGAGAAUCGACACUCUCAGGUGUUUCUGGCAAAGACGAAAUCUUAUGGGGACUAUGGUCAGUUUCCUAACAGCCGCUCUGAUGGUUGGACGGAGAUCAAGCUCGGAAACUUUUACGUUAGUAGUGGGAAAGAAGGUGAAGUUGAAUUGCAACUUUGGCAUGUAUCAGACCAGUUCUGGAAGUCUGGUUUUAUAGUGAGGGGCAUUGAAGUUCGACCAGUAAAUGAAGGAUAAGAAAGAUAGCUGUUUAGUCUCACUAUAUCAGGCAAUGUCUUUACUGGCCUGGCGUUGCAUAUAUGUGUUGGUCUUAUUAUUUACUGCAUUCCUAUUUCAGUUUGUCCGACAAUUAUUAUAUUUCUAAUAAGUACUAUUCUGUGUGUUGUGAUAGAUAUUUAUGUUCAUGCAUGCUUUUGAGU